AUUACUGUGGCUAGCUCGACCGCUCUGUUCAACAUGUCUCCUUCGCAGACCCUUCUCUGUCAGUAGAAGAAGCGUCGGGAUUUAUCGCCAAACAACUACGUGUUGUUAGCAUUAAGCUAGCGGGCCGUUGUCAGCCAGGAGCCAGAACAUCAGCAGCAGCAUCAUCAUCAAUGGUGUGUCUACUUCCCGGAGCCGUCACAUUCUCCUGUGUGCGCUCAAUGAACCAUCUCCUCAGCUCUCAGCACAGCUGCACAUGUAUGGCGUUUGCGAGGCUUGGAGGGGAGUUUUGCCAAGCCCAGCACCUGAUGCUCAUUGUGGACAAGUGAACAGGAGACAGCAGCAAGGCACACACACUGCCAUUCACCUACACAGCAAAGCUGCAUGAGAUUAAUUCAGCCCCUCCUGACUCCUCUCUACUGAGCUUGCGCGCUCGUCUCAACACACAUACGACAUACACUCAAACACAGUGACAUCAGGUCCUUCCUGCCAUCUUGUUCAACCCAUAUGAAGACAAGCCAACCUUCAGUCUGUCACCUGUCCUGGGGAGUGGGGGAGGAUUUGGACCAGGAGUUUCCUUUCUGCUCUUCUACUUUCCUGCUUUUCCUUCCUGCUUCACAUCUUACUCUCUCGAGUCUUCUCUGAAUGGGCUAAGAGAUUUGGAAGGAAGGAAGGAUAUAUAUUUUCUGUCCUCAAUUUUUUUUCUUCUGGACUUUAGGUGUCUUCUCCAGUCGUCUUCAUCCCAAUCUGCUAAAUUCAAAUUUAGUUUUGAAGCGAUUGUUUUUAUUUUUUCCUUCACUGCCAAAAAAGUUUAGAUUUUUAUCCUGUUUCUUCUUUAUUUAUCUUUUUCCCCUGUGUUUUUAAUUGAAACUACUUUUUAUCGCCAAAGGAGUAGAAUAUUUACAUUUGUUGCCCAUAAAUAAUUUUUAGUUUAGUGAUUUUUUUUUUUAGUGUUCUAGAGUUUUACUUUUUUUUUUGAAAAGCACACUUUUCUUCUUAUCUUUAAUUCUUCGUCAACAAACCUCUGUUGGUCUAAACAUGAACCGACCGGCUCCAGUGGAGAUCUCCUAUGACUGUCUGAGAUUCCUCAUCACGCACAACCCCACCAAUGCACAACUGGGAAGGUUUAUAGAGGAUCUGAAGGCAUAUGGCGUUAACACCUUGGUACGAGUGUGUGCUGCUACAUAUGACAAGACACCGGUCGAACAAGAAGGCAUACAAGUUCUGGAUUGGCCAUUUGAUGAUGGCUCAGCUCCUCCAGACCAGGUGGUGGACGACUGGUUGAACCUGCUACAGACAAAGUUUAGAGACGAGCCUGGCUGCUGUGUGGCUGUGCACUGUGUUGCUGGACUGGGACGAGCUCCUGUGCUGGUGGCCCUGGCUCUAAUUGAGUGUGGGAUGGAGUAUGAAGAUGCGGUGCACUUCAUAAGACUGAAGCGUCGUGGGGCGUUCAACUCCAAGCAGCUGCUUUACCUUGAAAGCUACAAACCUAAACUGUGUCUGCGCUCCAAAGACGCCAACGGACAGAGCUGCUGUAUACAGUAGGAAUCUACAACCCCAAAACAGCCUCACCGCAACUUCUUAGGAGAGUUAACCUGUUUGGUUCAAUGUUUCUGUUAAUAUUUACCCCUUGAUAAUUAUUCAAAGCACUUUUCAGAAAUGUAAAGACCUCACUGUGAAGUCCUGCAAAUAUUCACUGUAAUCAAGCAACUUCUGAUUUUACGUCGAAAAUGAGCCUAAAGAGUGGACGUGUUAAAGGUUUUUAUUUCUGUUGGUCUGUAACCUCCCCUCAACAUGAAGCAGAACUGCACAAAUCGUCACAUUAAAGGGAAAACCCACAGUCUGACAGAACUCAUUUUACAGGUGGGGUUUGAACUGAGGGAACAAAAUCAAUUCACUGCUUCCACCCCCACAUUCCUACCUGUGCAAACCACUGAUCUAAAAAAGAUGGGAUUAGCCACAAACAUUAGUAAAUGGGACAACACACGCUGUGAGCAAUGUGAGCAAAUUAUUGUUACCCACAUGUCAAACAGAAACAGGGCAACCUCUUUCCCCUUUCAUCCUAUUUAACUCUGGUUCACGCAGGUCUUCACCUUUUCGAUAUUUCAUUAUCUUAUUUGGGUUAGCUGUAGUCUGGUUCUUCAGCACUUAACAAUUGGAGCACCACUGUGACAAUUAUUGUGGUUAUACAAUCCUGUGAGAUAGCAGUGUUAGAAUUUCCAGUGGCUAACAGUAGUUGUUACGUUCUGAAACAGUUGUGGUGGUGUUCGUUAUCCGAGGCCACUUUUUCACGUCAUCCCUCGAUAGUAGAAGACACUUGAAUGAUAACAUUAUCUCAUUUAAGAUGUAACAGGUAAUGUUUACAUGUUUUAUUAAAAAUCACUCCAAGAAAGAUGAUUACAGUACUGUUAGCAUAUACUUCUUACGACCGUUCCUGUGGAAAUCGCUGCCCCCCCCCCAUUCUUUGUUUGAGCAUGAACACCCUUGUUGCUGAUUGGGUGAAAGAGUGUUGUGCUGUUCAGGUCACCCAACUUUCUUUGUUUCCCAAAUACAGAGCCAGGGUUGUGUAUUAAAACCAGAUUUUUUGAGCCCACCCACAGUGAGUGUACAGCUAGCGGGCCGAGAGGAGAUAUUGGCAGAAUUUGGCUAAAUGUAUUUUGGAUUAAAAUAUACCUACCUUUAACUGUCACUGUGAACUCCAGUUUUCUUGGCUGUAAAAAUGGAAAAACAAUCACAAAGGUCACCCUCUACAUUCAAAGUUAUAGAUGCAGCUAAAAUAUAUGCUGCUGAUGUAAACAGAGAUUUUCUAAUUGAGACUUUUGACAUAAUAAAAAUGAUAUAGCAUUGGGUAAAUAGUUUGCAGUAUGUGCUAUCAGAGGCAUGCUGGUUUAUUGCACAUCAAACCACACAGUGGUCCACACUGAUUUAUUUAUUUUUUCAAAUUGUUCCACUUACUGACCAAAACAAUGCUCUGCAGCCAGAUUGUGGCACAGAAAGAGACAGAUUUAACAAAAACGUGUUCAGAAGAUGAAAACAUAAAUGGGACAAUCUACCUACUUAGUAUUUGUCCCACGUCAGUCAUAGGAGCACAGUCUGCUUCUCUGGAACAAAGUUACGUCGCCUGUUAAUGUUAAACACCGUCUUUCGUCAUGUCACCAUGGCAAUAAAGCCAAAAUGUUAAAGAUGAGUUGGUGAAUGUGUUCAUGAAAGAACACUGAAAGGUUCUGGUAGAUUAUCAUCUUUUAGAUGUUGAAAACAAACAAAAUAACCGACAUGUCCUCAGUCGUUGGCUGCAGUGAAGUGUUCACUCCACAAAGUGUCUGAGUGUUAGCACGCGCUGUGUGAUGUUAGCGUUUCGGCUCAUUGAUAUUAAGUGGAAAUGUGUUUACAGCGCAGAGGUUGUUGCUGAAUGACAGUAAGCUUAAGACAAACACACGUUAGUUAGACGUAGAAGUGACAUUUAACAAAGCAGGACUGAUGAGCUUUUACUCACACACACACAGUCGGAGAACAUUGGUGACCCAGUUAACUGAACUAAAAGGACAAUCUUCCAAAAACUUUCUGUGUUUUUCCAACAACAAGCAUGGAACAGGACUGUGAAGCCAACAUGGCUGCCACUGAACACGUAAUGGCCGUUGUCUCUGUCCGGUUCUGUACCUACAUGGCUGUCUGCUCAGCUGCUGUGUUUGUGAUUUUGGUCUUUGUGAUGAUCUUAUUUAUUUUCUUUCCCUUGUACCUCUUAUCUAUUUGUACUUUGUGUUUAUUUAUUGACUCCACUGUGUUUCUUUGUGAAAUGUUUGUCUGCCGGAGGAAAAAAAAUCAAUUAGUCUUGAAAAAUUAAAGUGUUUAGUACUUUAA